UUUUUGCUUUUGGGUGUUCCCGCUCUUCGCCGUAGGGUCUCGCCACGGUCGCUCGCUCGCAACUCAUUUUCACAAGUAAUUCGCCGACAGCUGCCGGCCGGCCGGACACAAGGCACGCAGGUAGCUGAGAGUGUCAACCCAGAAAGCAGCAAUGGAUAACAGAUUGGCUUGUGACGAGGACAGUGACGUGUCCUAUGAAGAGCGUGAUUCCGCCUUCCUCCCUUCCCCACUGAGAAUGAGGACUCUGGCGGAGCGCAGUGAUCUGUGCAGUCUGGAGAACGGGAGGCAAGAAGAUGACGCACCCUUGGAAACAUCCAUCCCUCCUGCAGCUUCAGGAGCCAACCUCAACCUGAACACCAACGCCACCACCAGAGGCGACGCUCAGGCGUACGUGGAACUGAACGAGCUCCAGGGCAACACCUGGCAGGAGACGGGCCGCUGGGUGGGCUUCGAGGAGAACUUUGACGCCGCCACCGGGAAGUGGGGUCCUUCGCACACAUCCUACCUGACCUUCAAGAGUCUCAUCCAACUACGCAAGACCAUGAGCACAGGCGCUGUCCUCCUUGACCUGGACGUCAGCAGUUUGUCAGCCAUCGCCGAGAAGGCGGUGGACGCGCUGGUCAACAAGAGCGAGAUCCGAGCGAGCGAUCGGGAUGCUCUGCUCAGAGCGCUUCUCAUGCGCCGCAGUCAGUCCGACAGACCUACGGUCACCCCCUCGGGAGACAUCCAAAUGCAGACCUUUUCCGUUUCCACCAAGAGGGACAGCUCUGACAACAUGGAGGCCUCCAUCGUCCUCUCAGGUGCCCUGGAUCUUCUGGAGAAGCCAGUGGUGGCUUUCGUUCGGCUUCGAGACUCGGUGCCGAUGGAGUCGGCGCUGGAAUGUUCCGUCCCCGUGCGCUUCGUCUUCCUCCUGGUUGGCCCGAGCCAAAGCGGCGUGGACUACAGUGAGAGCGGUCGCGCCAUGGGCGCUCUAAUGGCCGACUGGGUGUUCUGUCUGGAAGCUUUCCUGGCACAGAGCGAGCAGGACCUGACCAACGCCAUCGCCGACUUCAUGGACUGCAGCAUCGUCAUCCCCCCCACAGAGAUCCAAGAAGUGGGGAUGCUGGCGCCCGUCAUCAAGUUCCAGAAGAUGAUGCUGCGGGAGAGACUCCGCCCCAGCGACAACCGUCUGGCCUUCGGUGCCAGGAUUAGCGUGGCAAAAGCGCCGGAGCCGGCGAGAGAGGACCCUCUGGCCCGCACGGGCUAUCCUUUUGGCGGGAUGGUCAAAGACAUCAGGCGUCGCUACCGCCACUACAUCAGCGACUACACGGAUGCCCUCAACCCUCAGGUCAUGGCCGCCAUCAUUUUCAUCUACUUUGCCGCCCUGUCGCCAGCCAUCACCUUUGGAGGACUUUUAGCCGAAAAAUCAGAGAAGAUGAUGGGUGUGUCUGAGCUGAUGAUCUCCACAAGCAUCCAGGGCAUCAUCUUCUGCAUCUUCGCCGCGCAGCCCGUCCUGGUGCUUGGUUUUUCCGGACCGCUGCUGCUCUUUGAGGAGGCCUUUUUCACCUUUUGCAAGUCCCAGGGCAUGGAGUACUUAGUGGGUCGUAUCUGGGUGGGCAUGUGGCUCAUCGUGAUUGUGGUGAUCAUUGUGGCGGUGGAGGGCAGCUUCCUGGUGCGCUACAUCUCCCGCUUCACCCAGGAAAUCUUCUCCAUCCUCAUCUCGCUCAUCUUCAUCUACGAGACCUUCAGUAAACUCAUUAAGAUCUUCAAUGCCCAUUCUUUGAAACUCAACUACGGACUACUGAACGAUACCCUGGAGAGCCCCUUUGACACCAUCUACAAUGUGACUUCCAACGGGACCGUUGUGGUCCAGCACGUGCAACUCCAGGGUCCCUUUGCCAACACGGCGCUGUUGUCCCUGUGCCUCAUGUUGGGCUGCUUUUUCAUCGCCUACUUCCUGCGCCAGUUCAAAAACGGCACUUUCCUGCCCGGUUGGCUGCGACGGCUGAUUGGAGAUUUCGGGGUCCCCAUUGCUAUCUUUACCAUGGUCGCUGUGGAUCUCAGCGUUGGCGGCACUUACACUCAGAAACUGGUGGUACCAAAUGGGAUCCAGGUGACCAACCCUGACGCCCGUGGCUGGUUCAUCAGCCCUAUGGGAAAGAACGGGGACUUCCCCAUCUGGAUGAUGGCCGCCUCCGCCGUCCCAGCGCUGCUAGUCUUUAUCCUCAUCUUCCUCGAGUCUCAGAUUACCACGCUGAUCGUUAGCAAGCCGGAAAGAAAGAUGGUCAAAGGCUCCGGUUUUCAUUUUGACCUGCUCCUCCUGGUGGUCAUGGGGGCCGUCUCCUCCAUAUUUGGGGUUCCGUGGCUGAGCGCCGCCACGGUGCGCUCCGUCACGCAUGCCAACGCUCUCACCGUCAUGUCCAAGGGCCCCAAACCGGAAAUUGAAAAAGUGCUGGAGCAACGGAUCAGUGGCAUUCUGGUGGCCCUCUUGGUUGGCGUCUCUAUCUACAUGGAGCCCUUACUGAAGCUGAUCCCCAUGACGGCCCUGUUUGGAAUCUUCCUCUACAUGGGUGUCACUUCCCUGAGCGGCAUUCAAAUGUGGGACCGGAUUCUUCUGUUGAUCACGCCCAAAAAAUACCACCCGUCCGAGGCCUACGCCACCAGGGUGUCGACCAUGCGGAUGCACCUUUUCACGCUGAUCCAGCUGGUGUGUCUGGCCGUACUUUGGGUGGUGAAAAUGAGCCGCUUCUCCUUGGCGCUGCCCUUCAUCCUGCUCCUCACUGUGCCACUGCGCAUGGUCAUGACCGGCACGCUCUUCUCCACCAUGGAAAUGAAAUGUCUGGAUGCAGAUGACGCUAAGGUGAAGUUUGAGGAGGAUGUCGGUGAGGAUGCGUACAAUGAGUCCCCUCUUCCGUGAGUGAAGAAGACCAAUUCAAUUUCAAAGUAUAGCCAGUGAUUCAUAAAGAAA